AAUGAAUCAGAGUUCAAGCUGGGAACCCACACCGGCACCCAUGUUGAUGCUCCCAGCCACUUUUUCCAGAAGUACUAUGAUCAAGGAUUUGAUGUCACUACCCUUAGCCUAAAAGUGCUUAACGGUCCUGCUUUGGUAGUUGAAGUUCCAAAGGACAAGAACAUUACUGCUGAAGUUAUGAAAUCUCUGAAUAUCCCUAAAGGAGUACGUCGCGUGCUUUUCAAAACACUUAAUACUGACAGGCAGUUGAUGCACAAAACGCAGUUUCAUUCAGAUUUUACUGCGUUCAUGGAGGAUGGGGCAAAGUGGUUGGUAGAAAACACAAACAUCAAACUUGUUGGGCUUGAUUACCUAUCUGUUGCUGCAUAUGUUGAUGCCGCCCCAGUACAUUAUGCAUUUCUGCGAAAUAGGGAAAUCAUUCCACUUGAAGGCCUAAAUCUGGAUGACAUCCAACCAGGAAGAUAUAGUCUCCAUUGCCUCCCUCUAAAGAUGGUUGGUGCUGAUGGAUGUCCAACAAGAUGCAUUCUCAUUUAAGAUAGAAACUUUGGUUGAGAAGUAACUCUAAAACAAGGCUAUAAAAUUGUUCCAGGAGAUGAAUAAUAGCUCCAGAAGGUAUAGAAUGGAUCAAACUGCGUCCGGACAUCUGUGUGCUUAUAUUUGAAUCCAUCGAACCUUUGUAAGAAGCUAGUAUCUUACUAAGGUUGAUGUCCGGCAGCCAUGGGUGGUGGAGAUUCACAGUUAUAUUUAUGAGUUAUGUUGAGCUUCAAUUUUGUGGGCGUUUGUUGUGAGCUAACGAACAGAUUUCUUGGCUACAUAAAACAAAACAGGUCAU